AUGGACUCGCCAACUCUUACGAUGGACAUUGACGUGAAGCACAUGGACGCGAUCCAUCUUGAAACAUCCCAUGUCGACUCGCUCAGUCAUGGAUUUAUAGAUGCAAACAAGGAGAAGAAUCUGAUACGCAAGCUCGACCUGUGGAUAAGCCCGAUCAUGACCAUCAUAUUCUUAACUGCGUACCUUGACCGGUCAAAUAUUGGCAACGCCGCCUCCGCGGGAAUGGUAGCUGAUUUGAACAUGACAAGUGCCGAACUUGGAAAUGCCGUAACCCUCUUCUAUGUCACGUACCUAGCAUUCGAAGUGCCAUGCCCGCUCGUGAUGAAAAGGUUCCGCCCAGGCCGCAUGAUUCCGUUUCUGAUGUUCUGCUGGUCGAUCGUCAUAAUCGGAACUGGUUUCAUCCACAACGCUGGACAUCUUUAUGCCAGCCGCCUGCUCCUUGGUUCGUUCGAAUCUGGGAUGUUUCCCUGCCUGGCUCUCUAUCUCAGCACCUUCUAUGAACCCCACGAGCAGGCUUUGCGGAUAUCGUACCUGUUCGUCUCGGCGGCCUUGUCUGGUUCAUUCGGCGGACUUUUUGCAUACGCUUUGCUCAAGAUGGAUGGCGUCGCUGGUCUGGCGGGUUGGCGGUGGCUUUUCAUUGUCGAGGGCUGCGCCAGUGUCCUCAUUUCCAUCCUGGUAUUCUUCUGCCUCCCCGAUAGCUUCGAAACGGCCAGGUUUCUCAACGAGGAAGACCGAAGCCUCAUGCGAAUACGCGCGGAAAGAAACGCACGGUUCAAUGGGAAGCCAGAAUUUGAUUGGAAGGAUGUGCGAAGCGCGGCGACGGACCCGAAGCUCUACAUCAGCUGCUUCAGCCAGUUCAUGGCCGACACUUGCUCCUUUGGCUUGUCCAGCUUCCUCCCUCUCAUCAUUAAAUCUUUCGGUUACGAUACAAUUACGACACAACUCCUGACCAUCCCGGUAUUCUUCUGGGCGUCGAUCGCCUAUAUCGCCGUGUCUUGGCUGUCGGAUCGUUGGAGGCGACGUGCAUUCUUCAUGAUGCCCGUAUGCCUGGUCACUGCUACCGGAUAUGCUCUCAACAUUGGGCUUCCGGUAAGCCAGAGGGGCGCACUUUACUUUUCCACCUUCCUCAUUGCCCCGGGGAUUUAUAUCAUCGUCGGCUUGAACUGCGCGUGGCUGCUCAAUAGCCACGCCCCAUACUACAAGCGCGCCAUGGCCAUCGGCAUGAAUCAGACCCUUGGCAACAGCUCUGGCAUCGUUGUCGGCCAGAUCUUCAAGAAAACGGUAAACGGGAAGUACUUAAUGGGCCUGAGCGCGUCACUGGCCGCGGCACUCUUAGCAAUGCUGGGCCACCUAUCUCUGUACCUUUACCUUCGCCAGCAAAACAAGCGCAGGGACCGGAUGACGGAUGAGGACCGUCUGAGAGAAAUUUCGGAAGGGAAGAUGGGUGACUUCCACCCAGAUUAUCGGUAUACGCUGUAA